AUGGAACCUUGGCUCAUCAAAGUUCCCCGCGUUUUACCCGAAAGACUGUUUAUCAACGACAGAGACCCUAUCUUGUUAAAUCAUGCGCAACUCUUCUUGCUCGACCAGGUGGCCUCCGUGUCUGAUCCGGCCGACUUUUGGCAUUCCUAUGCGAUGCCGCUCGCUCAUAUCGCCACACCUCUCAACUACGCCUUCUGUGCGCUAGGGGCUGCCCACCGGCAUUUCCUGUUCAGCGGGCCUGGGGAAAAUGGCUCUAGAGACGAGAUUCUAAGGUCCGAGAUUAUCGCCAUUGAAAAAUACAACGCAGCCAUUGCCCAAAUCCAGGAUUACGCUCGCCAAGAUCACCGAGGAAUAGAUGCCCACCUUCCUCUAAUCUGCUGCGUGGUUUUCAUGUGCAUUGAGCAGCUACUGGGUCGCUAUGAAGAAUCUGUUCGGCAUUUGAAAGCGGGAUGUGGUCUAUUGCGCUCCAGCUCGGAACUCCCGGCGACGUCGGCUCCCCGGGACCUGAGGAAUGCUGUACUCAAAGUCUUUUAUCAGUUUAGUAACGACGCAGCGUUCUAUAAUGGAGAGAAUGUGCUCGGAGAUCUGCCUUUCGAUUAUCCGACACCUGACUUGGGCAACCGAUAUGAACCCUUUGCGAGUUACGAAGAAGCAUCGAGCAUGCUACAACGGGUGGAUGUCAUCUAUAAUGUUUCUUUUGCGUCGCCGGUCAUUAUCCCAGAGCACCAGCCUUCUGAGUGCUGUUGGCUUGAGAUGCAAGAGACUAGGGCGUUAAGCUCUGCGCGGGAAGCGUUCCACAUCUGGAAUGCACGAUUCAAGCUUCUUCAGCAAUCCGACAUUCCAGCGCCCGAACAGCGACCAGAAGAUUUAUCUUUUGCUUUAGAGCAAAGUGUAUGGACUCUGGUGACAGAACUGACGACCUUCGAUGACGCAGUCAGCAUUGAAAGCGCUCAGAAAGUUCUGUCGAAUGCAGAGUCUGUGGCUUUAAUGUACCAGUCGCAAAAACAUCCGAGUUUUACGCUCGGCGGAGAUCUUCUCCCUGCUUUGACGUUGAUCUGCAUGUCGUGCGAGGAUCGAGAGACUCAACUCCGCGGUGUUUCUGUCUUGCGAUCUUUACGACGAAGGGAAGGGGUAUGGGAUAGUCGUGAACUUGCCGAUGAGUGCGAAACAUAUGUCUUAACCGGUGAGACGCCUUGGUAG